GUCUCCACACACUGUAACAAAUGGGAAGCGAUUCAUACGUGGUGACGUUCAUACUUUUUCUGAUGACUAACUUUUGUCAAAACACACAUAAAGAAGAAAGAGAAGGAAUAAGAAGAAGCAGAUGCAGUAGCCAGCCAGCAGUAGAAGAAACGAAAAGAAAGAAAGAAAAGAAGAAAAAAAUAAGUUGGUCAUAGUUGUGUGUUAUGUCGACUUAAUUAUAUUUCAGUUUUAUUUCGCAUACAAAAAUAUACAGUACACGCGAACAAAGCCAUUUUAUUGUCGAUCUGAAAACACAGUAACAUAGUGUGAGGCUCGCUAGAGUGAAAUACAGAGAAGAAAAAACUAGUACCGAAGAGAAUAUUCAACAAUCCUCCCCCUUUUUUCACUCGAUCUAUUUCGCCAGUGUGAAUUGAAUUAAAUUUUUUUGUUUGUUUCGAUUCCAUUCCCCGUAAGCAAAAUCGUCGAUUUAUUUCUGAAUAAGAAUAGGCGCGGGUCAAGUAGCUGAAAUCAGUGACACUACAAAUCCAAGGCAAAGUAAACGACAAGAAAAAAAAAGAAAACACACGAAAGAAACGAAGUUCUAAAAAUGGCUACCAGAGAUGACGAAUAUGAUUACUUGUUCAAAGUGGUAUUAAUUGGUGACUCGGGCGUUGGUAAAAGUAAUUUGCUAUCACGAUUCACACGGAACGAAUUCAAUUUGGAAUCAAAAUCAACAAUUGGUGUAGAAUUUGCGACGCGCAGCAUUGAAGUCGAUGGCAAAACGAUAAAAGCCCAAAUUUGGGAUACUGCUGGUCAAGAGCGAUAUCGAGCAAUUACAUCGGCAUACUAUCGUGGUGCCGUUGGUGCACUGCUCGUCUAUGACAUUGCAAAACAUUUAACGUACGAAAAUGUCGAACGUUGGUUGCGCGAACUGCGCGAUCAUGCCGAUCAAAAUAUAGUAAUAAUGUUGGUUGGUAACAAAAGCGAUUUACGACAUUUGCGUUCCGUGCCAACGGAAGAGGCAAAAUCAUUUGCCGAACGAAAUGGUUUAAAUUUCAUCGAAACAUCGGCACUCGAUUCAACGAAUGUUGAGGCUGCGUUCCAGAAUAUACUCACCGAAAUUUAUCGUAUUGUGUCGCAAAAGCAAAUCCGUGAUCCACCCGAAGGCGAUGUCAUUCGGCCAACCGUCGAACCGAUCGAUGUGAAACCCGUCUCAGCCGAAUCAGUGCGCAGACAGUGUUGCCAGUGAAUUUUCCGUUUCUACCCCAGCACCAGAUACAUACGCGAUUUUGUUGUUUUUUUUUUGCAACUAAAAAAUAACUAAAAAAAAAAAUUAUACAUUUCAUCCGUUGAAGCCGUUUCCUAGAAAAGAAAAGAAAAACACAAUUUUCCCUAUCCAGAAAAAAAAAACAUAACAGAAAAAACAACAACAAAAACACCUUGAUAUAAACUGAGAGAGAGAAUUUUCUAGUUUUUCUCCGAAUUUUAUUUUAUAUUUUCUAGAAUUUAUGAGAAAUAUUUUGUUUGCCGGUUUUUCAAUGCAAUUUGUUUAGGUUUGAAAUAAUCAAAAUAAUAAAAGAGAAAUGAGAUCUAAAUAAUAAACGGCGAAUAAAAAGAAAGAAAAA